UACAUCUAUCAGCUGCCCGACUCAGAAACAAACCAGACAGACACUGAAGCCUCGUCAAAUACUUUCACCCACCAAGAUGUCUGCAGAAGUUCAAGCUGCAGCAGAUUUUAGAGUGAAAUACAGCAGAAGGACCCACAGUGAUGGACGAGAGAGAGAGUACAGCGAGGUGCAGAUGAUAGACGAUGGAGAGCAGCAUCCUGAUGUUGGGUUACAAGAAGCUGGUGAUGAUACUCAGAAGAAGCUUCCAGCUGGGAAAAGAAGCCGUUUCAGGGGUUUUGAAGUGAACCUGGGAGUGCUGUAUUUGCUGAUUCUGGCUGCAAUCACGACACGCUAUGCUUUGAACAAGAGUGAAAACAAAAGACUUCAUGCUGAAUAUGACAAACUGAACCACGUUUACAACACCAAAAAGAAUCACACUGAGCUCCAGGAUGAACUUCAAGACACAAAAACCAACCUGACUCAGUUACAGAGCAGUUAUGAUAAACUGAGUAAAAACCACAGUCAGCUACAGGAAGAAGUGAAGAAGCUGAAGGAGAAGAUAGAAGGAAAGUGGUGUCCUGAUCGAUGGAGGAGAUUUGGAUGCAGCUGUUACUUUAAAUCCACUGAGAGGAAAACUUGGUCUGACAGCAGGAGAGACUGUCAGGAUAAAGGAGCUGAUCUGGUGAUGAUAAACAGCAAAGAGGAACAGAAAUUUGUCAAUGAACUGAACAUGAGAGGAUACUCUUGGAUUGGUCUGAGAGCCAAACAGACAUCAGGAGGAUAUAAAUGGGAAUGGGUGGACGGAUCAGCGCUGACAGAAACGUUCUGGGCAAACGGACUGCAAGAUCCAAUUUCAGAUGACAAUGCAGUUUACUGUAAUUAUGACUGGAAAUGCAGUCAGUACACAUCUUCUUUUUUAAUGACUUUCAUCUGUGAGAAAUGAGUUUCCUGCUUUGAUGUAAAUGUUUGAAUAAUCCAACCAAAGACACCUCACUAUGAAAUGUCCUGCAUGAGCCUCAGACUCAGCUCACAGUUGUUACUUGUUCAUUCUGCAUCAUAUAUUGAUUACAUAUAUUGUCCCUCUGUGCUCUGUGCUGUACAGUAAGGUUGGAAGUCAUCCACACAAAAACUUGAAGUACUUCAUUACUCUGUAGUUCCAGCAAAUUGUUCUAAUAAAAGUCAAAGUGCAGCUUGUCUUUACUUUG